AUGGCUCAACCUAAAUCUCAAAGAAGGAAUAGACAACUAGGGACCACCUCUGAAAUGUCUCAAUAUAUUGAUGCAGGCGCAAAUAAAAUUAAAAAGAGAAUAAGAGACAUCGAAAGAUUAUUGAAAAAAAAGAGAGAUAUAUUACCUGACACUGUAAUAGUUGAAAAAGAAAGAACUCUAGAUGCCUUGAAACUGGAACUAGAGAAUGCUCAAAUGAAACAUGUUGUCAUAAAAAAUGCUAAAAAAUAUCAUAUGAUCAGAUUUUUUGAAACGAAGAAGGCAUUAAGAAAAUAUAAAAAUGUAUUAAAAAAUCUGGAUAAGGAUGACAAUGCUUCACAAAAACAAUUAUUAGAAGCUAAAGUAAAUUUAUGUUAUGUUGUUAAUUUCCCAAAAACUGAAAAAUACAUUGCCUUAUUUCCCAGUGAAAAUAAAGAUGAUGAAAAUGAAAGUGAAAGUGAUGAAGAAGAUAAAAAUACUAGUGAUAAAUUAGAUAAAACUCAAUUAAGGAAAGAGGCUUAUUUGAAAUUAAUUAAAAAGAAACUGAAAAAUGGAACUUUACCAGUUUCUUUUGAUAAUAUUUUAAAAGGCCAAAAACUACCAAAGGAUCAUGUAGGUGUGUCAUUAGAUGAAGAACACAAGAGGCAAACCGAAUCUUCAUCUGCUAAAGAUUCAUUACUUGAAUCAGAAAAUCAACAAGACAAUGACGAAGAAGAUGAAUUCUUCGAAUAA